UGAUUGCGUUGCAAAAACUCUAUCCAAAGCAAUCAACAGACAACAAUGGAAAAUCCAAGUUCAUCUUUUCUUCUGCUUCUUUUUUUAAUUCAUGUUUCCUUUCCAUGGACUACCUCAUAUUCAGUCUACGAAACUUUUCUUCAAUGCUUAGCACAUCAAACUCACUCCAAAAACCAAGUCCCCAACAUAGUCUACACCCAAACAAAUGCAUCAUACACCUCAGUUUUACGUUCGUUUAUCAGAAACGCUCGCUUCAAUUCUUCUUCAACGCCAAAGCCUUUACUCAUAAUAACCCCAUUACAAGAAUCCCAUGUUCAACAAGCCGUGAUUUGCACCAAACAAGUUGGUUAUCAGCUCAAAAUCCGCAGCGGCGGCCACGACUUUGAGGGCAUAUCGUAUAUCUCUGACCACCCGUUUUUCGUUCUUGACACGGCGAAUCUACGAUCGGUAUCUGUUGACAUAAAUGAAGAGUCGGCUUGGGUUGACGGUGGCGCCACAUUGGGUGAAGUUUACUACGCGAUUUGGGAGAAGAGUAAAGUUCAUGGCUUUCCUGCUAGUAUUUGUCCCAGUGUUGGCGUCGGUGGGCAUUUGAGUGGCGGCGGUUAUGGCAACAUGUUGCGAAAAUAUGGCUUGUCGACGGAUAAUGUUGUGGAUGCGAAGAUUGUUGAUGUUAAGGGGAGAAUUCUUGAUAGAAAAGCAAUGGGAGAGGAUCUUUUUUGGGCUCUUAGAGGAGGCGGUGGAGCAAGUUUUGGUGUUGUGUUAUCUUAUAAAAUCAAGUUGGUUUCUGUUCCAGAGAGGGUUACUGUAUUCAGAGUUGAAAGAGUUUUGGAAGAAAAUGCAAUUGAUUUGGCCUAUAAGUGGCAGCUUGUGGCGCCUUCGACUGAUAAAAAUCUGUUCAUGAGAAUGCUUAUACAGCCCAUUACGAGAAACAAGAAGAAGACAGUUAGAAUAUCGUUUGUGACAUUGUAUUUAGGCGGGGCGGAGAGUCUUGUUUCUCUCUUGGCCAAGGAUUUUCCUGAAUUGGGGCUAAAAAGGGAAAAUUGUUUAGAGAUGAGCUGGGUUGAUUCAGUUCUUUGGUGGUAUAAGCUUAAUGGCACUUCAUUAUCAUCGCGUGCUCUGCUUGAUAGAGAACUUAACUCGGCUAUUUUCUUGAAGAGGAAAUCAGAUUAUAUUCAGAAACCAAUUCCGAAGAAUUCCUUGGAAUCGCUAUUCGAGACAUUGAUGGUACUGGAAAAAACAGGACUGGUUUUCAAUCCUUAUGGUGGGAGAAUGAGUGAAAUUCCAGCGUCGGAGACAGCAUUUCCACACAGAGGAGGAAAUUUGUUUAAGAUACAGUACUCAGUGAAUUGGGAUGAGGCUGAUAUUGAGCUUGAAAAGAACUGCACAUCUCAGAUAAGAAACCUUUACAAUUUCAUGACUCCAUUUGUGUCCAAAAAUCCAAGGAGGGCUUACUUGAACUAUAGAGAUCUUGAUAUUGGCAUUAACCAUCAUGGAAAAGACAGUGAUAAUGAAGGUGAAGUUUAUGGGGUCAAGUAUUUUAAUGAGAAUUAUGCGAGAUUGGUGACAGUAAAGACAAUGUUUGAUCCUGAAAACUUCUUCAGGAAUGAGCAGAGUAUCCCUUCUCAACCAAGUGUAAAAAACAGGCAGUUGACCUCCAACUCAAUUUCCUGGAAGCUGCCUGGGGUUAGCCAAGAAGGAUCACACUCUGAAUGCAUAAGGCUGCCUUUCAAGGAUACAUCAAUCAAUUAGAAUGCAUAAUGGAAAUGUUUUACCAUUUGAUAAUAAAGCUACCUGGACUUCAUAGCUAAGCUCAGAAGUCAAUUUAUUUCAGCAGCCUGCUCUUUUAAUUUUCAUCAACUUGAAUAAUGAAAAGCUGAAAUAGUCAUCAUUCAUUAAUAGUGUUUGUCAGGUUGUUGGUUCUUUUGAAACAAGGACAAUGCCUGCUUGUUUGAUUCAUUUCUAAAAUCAAUAAACGAGUGAUCCUCAUU